CACUAUGUUAAGGGCCAAACAAACUUGGUUUUAAUUGGUAUAGCCUUGCCAAGGUCUUGUUGAUUUUGUGCUUAACUAAUUCCAAGACCUUGGUUAAAAAAAUAAAAUUUGAUAUAAAAGGGGAUAAGCAGGGAAAAGGAUAGAGAAAAAAAAAAACAAAGAAGAAAGAAAUGGGCAUGGGAGAAAUAAUGGCAGGAAGUGCAACUAAGGUUGCAUUUAUAGUCUUGGUAACUUUCUCCAUUACCAUUCCAUGCCUUGUUGAGGCUGGCAUUGCUGAGUUUGAUGAUUUUCUUAAAGAACAAGCUGAUGAAGCCUAUCAAAUUGCUCUUGCUUCCUAUGUGCCAAAGCCUGAAGAAGUUGCAGCUGAGCUUAACCUACACGUUCAUUUGGCGUUGGAGCAGACAAACGACACAAGGAGGGAGCUAAGGCAGCGAGGAGGAGGAGGAGGACGCCGCGGAAGAGGAAAACGCUGCGUCGCCACCAACCCCAUCGACAAAUGCUGGCGCUGCCGCAAAGACUGGGCCAACGACCGCUUCCGCCUCGCCAAGUGCGGCAAAGGCUUCGGCCGACGCGCCACCGGCGGCCUCGGCGGCCCAAUCUACGUCGUCACCGACUCCUCCGACAACGACAUGGUCAACCCAAAGCCCGGAACCCUCCGCUACGGCGUCGUCCAGAAAGGCCCACUGUGGAUCAUCUUCCAACGCAACAUGGUCAUCACGUUGAACCAGGAGCUUCUGGUUUCCUCCGACAAAACCAUCGAUGGCCGCGGCGCCAACGUUCAGAUUCGCGACGGCGCCGGGAUUACCAUGCAGUUUGUGAACAAUGUCAUCAUCCACGGGCUUCGCAUCAAGAAUGUGAAGUCUAAGCCUGGUGGUAUGAUGAGGGAUUCUUGGAACCAUGUUGGAACGAGAACAAGGAGUGAUGGUGAUGCUAUCUCGAUUUUUGGAUCGUCGAACAUUUGGGUUGAUCAUAUUUCCAUGUCUGAUUGUGAGGAUGGUCUUGUUGAUGUUAUUCAGGGUUCUACUGCAGUCACCAUUUCGAAUUGUCACAUGACUAAGCAUAACGAUGUGAUGCUGUUUGGAGCUAGCGAUUCGUACAACGGGGAUAAGAUUAUGCAGGUGACGUUGGCGUUCAACCACUUCGGUCAAGGGUUGAUUCAGAGGAUGCCGAGGUGUAGGUGGGGUUUUGUUCAUGUUUUGAACAAUGACUAUACUCAUUGGAUGAUGUAUGCGAUUGGUGGUAGCUCGGGGCCGACGAUUUUGAGCCAGGGGAAUCGUUUCAUUGCUCCGAACAAUGAUGCUGCCAAGGUGAUCACGCACAGGGACUAUGCAGGACCUGAUGUGUGGAAGCAUUGGCAGUGGCAAUCGGAGAUGGACCUGUUCAUGAAUGGUGCUAAGUUUAUUCCUUCAGGGGCGCCGAUUAGUAGGGGUUCGUUCAAGAAAGGGUUGAUGAUGAAACCAAGAGAUGGGUCUCAUGUCAGCAGGCUAACAAAGAAUGCUGGUGCCCUUCCUUGCAGGGUAGGCAAGCCUUGUUAGAAAUUUGUAUAUUAUAUCAUUGUAUUUUGUUUUGUUUUGUUUUGUUUAUAAUUAACACACACCUUGUAGAAGAUAUGGCAAUCCUCUAGUUAUAGGAUGAAGUGGCACUAUGUUUAGGGGGAUGAAUAUUGUACAUUUACCUUCUACAGUAAACAUGUUGUGACCUUCUGAGAGAAACAAAAAGAGAAGUUGUUUCUUAGAUUCAGAUGAUAAGAAAUAAGAUGAAAAAGUUUCAAAUUAUUUGUAAA